AUGAUCAAUUUAGGCCUUCAACGGAUCACCCAGUUGCUCAAUCCCCUUUUCAGUACACAUCCGACCCUUCCCUGGAAAGCAGUCCACAUCGCCGGGACUAAUGGCAAAGGCAGUGUCGCAGCUAUGGUCUCUACUUUCCUCGGCCACUUGGGCUACAAGGUUGGGCGAUUUACCUCGCCCCACCUCAUCGAUCGAUGGGACGGCAUUACCCUGAACAAAGUUGUUGUCGAGCCAGACAGAUUCCUCCGUGUCGAGCAAGACUUCCGCCAACGGAGCAUUGAUGAAGACAUCAACGCGUCGGAAUUCGAGAUUCUCACGGCCACGGCUUUCCAGCUAUUCACGGACGAAGAGGUAGAUGUUGCUGUCAUUGAAUGUGGACUUGGCGGCCGUCUUGACGCCACCAAUGUGUUGAGACCCAAGGAUGUGGUGGUCAGCGUCUUAACCAAGGUUGGGCUAGAUCAUACUGAUUUCUUGGGCGACUCGCUCGAGGCCAUUACAAGGGAAAAAGUGGGAAUCUUUAAGCUGGGGGUGCCUGUCGUGCUUGACCAGACCAAUCAGAGAAGCGUCAUCGAUGUGGCUGAAAACCGGUUGAAAGAGCUGGGUUGGGGAGAAAAUGGGGCAGAAGGUGUUUACGUUUCUGUCGAGGAAAGAAGGCAUGAAUUUGACGAGGCCAUCUGGGAUAUGGGUCUGUCAAAACAUUCAGGUCAGAACCUGUAUCUUGCCUACUCCUGUUUUCGAAAGGCAGAGGAGCGUCUCGCUGCUUUUUACGGAGACAGACCGCAUCACGCCAGGAGGGAGCCUCCUCCCUCAUCUGACUCACCUCGGCCAAAUGCACAACCAUCGGGAGAUUCGCUUGUUGCUGCGGAUGUAAGGCCCUCUGAAGCGGUGAGGGAAUCUCUCGCAGUGCUGGUCGAACAAGCAGUAAUGUCCCUCCCUGGACGCCUCCAAUGGCUCACUCUCCCGCCGAUAUUGCUACCAGAGAAUCUCCAAGAUAUGACGGCAAGGUUGCAAAACGACCGCAUUGACGCGAAGGUCCUCCUUGACGGCGCGCACAAUUCAAUAGGAGCUGCAGCUUUGGCCGGCUACGUCAAGACACAGUUACGGCUCUCUAAGCCUGACCCCAGGACGAAGCCUCAGCCCAAGGACCCGCUGCCCGUCACAUGGCUCUUGUCUGUCAAGAGCGACAAGAAUGCUGAUGAAAUACUAGAGCGGCUGCUCCAACCUACUGAUAAUGUCGUGACGUGUUCUUUCGGCUCUGUCGACGGAAUGCCGUGGGUGAAGAGCAUGGGAGCCAUUGAGCUAGCGGAGAUCGCCAGGAGAUACACGAGUGGAGUGGUUGAGGCUCUUUGUGACGAGUAUGUUGAAACUCUUAUCGGUCACGGUGAUCAACCUACUCCGGAUGAGAAGAUGAGAAUCAUUAUCAGGCAAGCGGUCAGUGUCGCCUCGAGAGCGUCGGAAGACGAUUCGUCGUUGCGGCUGUGUAUCACCGGGAGCUUAUACCUGGUGGGCGACGUUUUGAGGUGUAUCCAGAAUUCGGGCGGGUCAAUCACUGACGAGUGCCUCCCGCCAGUUUAG